UUAAAAAAACGUAGCUAAAAGGCUGUCAGAAGCUAAUAUGACAUGUCUUAUGCACUUACUAACAAAAGAGAAGUGGCGCCUCGCAAAGUAGUCUUGUUAAGUACACACUGGUAAUUUUAUGUUGACCGGUAAUGAUUUUUUCCCCGAGAAUUAUGUAGUUAGAAUAUAAUGAAAUAUCCUGUUAAAAACCUUUCCUUAUGUAAACUGUCAGGUGCAUAAUAUAACAAUCUUGAUGAUGAAUUUGAUAGCUUUUUCGACGCCGUUAGAGUUAUUCUGUGCAAUCACACCAUUCUGUUUGAAUAAAACCGUGCACGGAGGACCAUCAAAACCAUAAGCAUCAAUACAGUUGUUGAUGCAACACCAACGUCGUAUCGAUGAAGCUUGCAAAGGUUUUACUAUUGAUACUGUUAAAAGGAAUUUUCGUUUUUACAAGCGACAAAUUUACAGCUGCUUACUCGAGCUCAACCUAUUUCCUGACUUUGGAAGAUAAAUACCUCACGGGUUUUGUUGUGGAACAGUUCGAGUCUCCGAGCUUGCUUUCAUGUUCACAUUCUUGUUUGAGAACUUCUUGGUGUUCUUCUACUAACUUUAAGGAGUAUUCGAUGACGGAAACAGGCAAAUGCGAGUUGAACAGCCACGAGGUUCUCGAUGUCGGCAAGGGUUCCCAUUUCCAAGAUCGCCAAGGCUCAAGAUUCUCACUUCUUCGUAAGGAUUGUGCGCUGACUGGCUGCCUUAAUGGUGGGUCAUGCCUGUUUGAUGAAAAGAUACAAAGAUUUACAUGCUCCUGUAAACUACCGUGGACCGGAGACAAUUGUGGAGUUAACGUAACAGUUUACCGAAGGUGUGAUGAGUUAUUCAAGGCUGGGCAUGAGGAGAGCGGAGUUAACUUAAUCAGACUCAACCAGUCCGAGUUUUUGAGGGUGUACUGCGACCAACAAUCAAGCAAGGGAGCAGGAUGGACCAUGGUAUUCAAGGUAGUGUCUGGUGUGGUGUCGGACAUUUACAGAUUGUGGUCAUCAGCGAACUCCUUUAACGAAUACAAAACAGAGGCACUAAAUGUCAACGCGUCUCUUAAGGGGCAUUACAAGAACCGCCUGGUAAAUAACUGGAAUGCUGUGAAUCCUAAGGAGGUGCGUGUUUCAUUGUACAAAGAUGGAUCUGAAAUUUUAUCCAUGGUGUUUGACGCCAGUAAUUCCGAUAGCGAAAACUGGUUUUCUAAGGAUCGGAUUACUUAUGUUCCCUGGACUGACCUAAGAACUGAAAAAACAAACGUUUUCGAUGUGAAUGUGUGUUGUGGAAGAGCGUUUUCUAUCUUCAGGAAUUAUGGAGGAUGCAGUAAAGAUGCUGGAUGGCUCGUAAUAACUGGUAUGGAUUGUGAUUGGGAGAACCGCUUUCCAAAAACUACUGUCAUGUAUAGUAAACUUCGAACUCACGUUGACCUCAAUGACUUUGGUAAGAAAAAUAGGCAUAACAUUGUUAUUUUCUCAGUUUAA